AUGGAUGAAUCUAAAAAGCUUACAGUUGAGACAAUGCGGAAAAAAGGAGACGGAGCCGAUGUAUGGUUCAUAGCAAAUGAUCAUCCCGAUCAUAUCCCAGCUCAAAAAAUAUUCUUGACUGGAGCAUCGAGUUUGUUUAGAGAUAUGUUUGAUUUAAGUAAAUCACCACCAAAAGAACCAAUCAAUGUUCCAGAUCAGCUAGAGACGUUUCUCGAGUUCGUGUACACUUUCGGCCAUCUUCCGGAUCACAAACUGGCGCAACAUGCUCUUGCACUCUACAAAGCUGCACGUAAACACGAGAUUCCGUGCCUCCAAAGACUCUGCAGAGAUAAACUCAUUGCCUCUAUGGACUCAUCCAAUGCAUUUGAUCUUGUCGAGCUUGCAGAUAUUCACUCGGACAAGAUCCUCAAGGAUGAGUUUAUCACAACACACACAUAA